GUGGCUUUGGGUGCCCAGGAGUCUGGAUCGUGGUUGCAUUUGGAAAGAAAAAAGGAUCAAUCGACACGUUUUGGAAGUGUCCGUGGGUGAAUAAAAAGGAGGGGGGGGGGGAGGCCCGCAAAACUGGGGUUGCGGCUGCUUAAAGAAAAAAAGAAAAAGAAGAAGAAGAAGCAUCUUGAAUCCUGAAACAAGAAUUAUCGGGUGCUCGAGAUUAAAAAAAAAAAAAAGCGUCUAAAACUGGUAAAUACUUUGACCAUUUCGGCUUGAAUUUGACGGCGAAGUGUUGUAGAAACUGUCUCCUUGAAUUAUUGGAAGGGGACCGGGGGAAGAUGAGGGGGCUCCCUCUGUGGAUUUGUCUGGCUGAGGGAUAUAGACCUGCAGCUAACUGGAUUUGAUUUAUAAGAGGGAAAUCUACAGUCAAUGGCCACCCUCACCAAGUUGCUACUAUGGAAAACAGAAUGGUCAAUAGGAUAUGGUCUGAUAAAUAGAGAUGAUUGAAGAUGCUGCCUCAAUACAUGUGAAAUCAAUGGGAGAUACUUGCUGCAUGAAGAGUGUUCUGAACUUUUCCCGACCAGCUCACUGUUGAGGAAUUGGAGGCAUAUAAUACCAUUAUACAGUCCGUCUCCAGUGGAUAUAAAUACAUUUGCCUCACUGUAACCAGACAGCUAGACAACUAAUGUGGGAUCAUGGCACGGCCCAGAUGCAUGUGGCCAGAUUACGUUUGGAGAGCAGUGAUGGCAUGCUUGGUACACAGGGGAUUGGGCGCCUCGUUGACUCUCUGUUUGUUGGGAUGUUUAAUUCAGGCUGCCCAUGUGCUCUCACAAAAAUUGGAUGAUGUGGACCCACUGGUGACAACCAACUUUGGCAAGAUAAGAGGGAUUAAGAAAGAACUCAAUAAUGAAAUUUUGGGGCCUGUUAUUCAGUUUCUUGGAGUUCCGUAUGCAGCUCCACCAACAGGAGAACAUCGUUUUCAGCCUCCAGAACCACCAUCUCCCUGGUCAGAUGUCAGGAAUGCCACUCAGUUUGCUCCUGUGUGUCCCCAGAAUAUCAUUGAUGGCAGGUUGCCAGAAGUCAUGCUUCCUGUGUGGUUUACCAAUAACUUGGAUGUGGUUUCUUCGUAUGUACAAGACCAGAGUGAAGACUGCCUUUAUUUAAACAUAUAUGUCCCAACUGAGGAUGAUAUACGGGACAGUGGAGGUCCCAAGCCAGUGAUGGUGUAUAUCCAUGGUGGCUCAUACAUGGAAGGUACUGGAAAUUUAUAUGAUGGGAGUGUGCUGGCGAGCUAUGGCAAUGUGAUCGUCAUCACUGUCAACUAUCGGCUUGGGGUACUUGGUUUCUUGAGUACAGGGGAUCAGGCCGCAAAAGGAAACUAUGGACUUCUUGAUCUCAUACAGGCUUUAAGAUGGACUAGUGAGAAUAUUGGAUUCUUUGGUGGUGACCCCUUGAGAAUCACUGUUUUUGGAUCAGGCGCUGGGGGUUCAUGUGUCAAUCUGCUGACUUUAUCCCAUUAUUCUGAAGGUAACCGUUGGAGCAAUUCAACCAAAGGACUUUUUCAACGAGCAAUAGCUCAAAGUGGAACAGCCCUUUCCAGCUGGGCUGUUAGUUUCCAACCUGCAAAAUAUGCUAGAAUGUUGGCCACAAAAGUUGGUUGCAAUGUUUCAGAUACAGUAGAGUUAGUGGAAUGCCUCCAGAAGAAGCCUUACAAAGAACUUGUUGAUCAAGAUAUUCAGCCUGCCAGAUACCACAUAGCCUUUGGACCUGUGAUCGAUGGUGAUGUCAUACCAGACGACCCCCAGAUAUUGAUGGAGCAAGGAGAGUUUCUCAACUAUGACAUAAUGUUAGGAGUUAACCAAGGGGAAGGGUUAAAAUUUGUUGAAAAUAUAGUAGAUAGUGAUGAUGGUAUAUCAGCUAGUGACUUUGACUUUGCUGUUUCCAAUUUUGUUGAUAAUUUAUACGGCUAUCCUGAAGGCAAAGAUGUUUUGAGAGAAACCAUUAAAUUCAUGUACACUGACUGGGCUGAUCGGCAUAACCCUGAAACCAGAAGGAAGACACUUUUGGCAUUAUUUACUGACCAUCAGUGGGUGGCACCAGCUGUAGCCACAGCAGAUCUUCACUCAAACUUUGGUUCACCUACAUACUUCUACGCCUUUUACCAUCAUUGCCAAACAGAUCAGGUUCCAGCUUGGGCUGAUGCAGCCCAUGGAGAUGAGGUUCCCUAUGUAUUGGGAAUCCCCAUGAUUGGUCCCACAGAGUUAUUUCCUUGUAAUUUCUCCAAAAAUGAUGUGAUGCUGAGUGCUGUCGUAAUGACAUACUGGACAAACUUUGCCAAAACUGGUGACCCCAAUCAACCAGUCCCUCAAGACACAAAAUUCAUCCAUACCAAACCCAACCGCUUUGAAGAAGUAGCAUGGACCAGAUAUUCCCAGAAAGACCAACUUUAUCUCCAUAUUGGAUUAAAACCAAGAGUUAAAGAGCAUUACAGGGCCAAUAAGGUGAACCUCUGGUUGGAGCUGGUACCUCAUCUGCAUAAUCUCAAUGACAUUUCUCAGUAUACCUCGACAACAACUAAAGUGCCAUCAACUGACAUCACUCUCAGACCCACGAGAAAAAAUUCUGUACCUGUCACAUCAGCCUUUCCCACUGCCAAGCAGGAUGAUCCCAAACAACAGCCAAGUCCAUUUUCAGUGGAUCAAAGGGACUACUCAACAGAGCUGAGCGUCACUAUUGCAGUCGGAGCAUCACUGUUGUUUCUGAACAUCUUGGCCUUUGCAGCCCUGUACUACAAAAAGGAUAAGAGGAGACACGAUGUCCACAGGAGGUGCAGCCCUCAGCGUACUACCACCAACGAUCUGACCCAUGCACAAGAAGAGGAAAUCAUGUCCCUCCAAAUGAAGCACACUGAUUUGGAUCAUGAAUGUGAGUCCAUCCAUCCACAUGAGGUGGUUCUUCGGACCGCCUGCCCCCCAGAUUACACACUAGCUAUGAGAAGGUCACCUGAUGAUGUUCCCUUAAUGACACCCAACACCAUUACAAUGAUUCCCAACACUAUACCAGGAAUUCAACCCUUACACACAUUCAAUACAUUUACUGGAGGACAGAACAAUACUCUGCCCCAUCCCCAUCCCCACCCCCAUUCACAUUCAACAACCAGGGUAUAGCCAGAUAAGAGAAACAAACUAUUUUUUUUUGAUGGAUUGCAGUAAAACAAAAUUACUGAAGAUUCCUUGGCUUUCAACCUACAAGACUCUCACUAUUUAAAUAAGGAGGAAUAUUAUGUGAAUAUACAUAUCAAGAACUUUGGGGGUUUUGAAAAAAAUGAAUUGUAUAAAUAUAUAUAUAUACACAAAUCAACUCUAAAAACAAAUUUCAAUUGCUUGAAGCAAUUGUUCUGAAUGAUACUUUUUCAUUCAUAUUCAAGAAUUAAUUUUUUGAAGAUUUAAGUUGCAUAAUGGAAUUAGGCAUGUGGAACACCGAACAGGAAAGAACUAUGUCCGAAAUAUAAAAAAAAAUUUAAAAACAACUAUGAAUAUGCACAAGGGACACACCAAUGGAAUGUCAGAUAAUUUUCACCAGUUUUUAUUUGGAGCUGUUUUAUUGUGUAAACCAUAUUUACAUAUUUGGAUAAGUACACAAAGCACCAAUGCUGUUAAUGGCCUUAGCGGAGGCUCAUGCUGAAAUUUGCCAGUAAAACAAAGGAGUUUAAAGACUGGCAGGUACAACAUUAUCACAUAAGUGCUGUCAGUAUAAAGUUGUGGGGAUAAAGGAAACUGGAUAUUUUUAGCACGAUGUGCAUGAUAAUUUAUAUGCUUGGUGGCUGUGCUGCUGAUUAAGCCGUAAUUAAAAUUUUUCUCAUCCCAUUGGAGUUUUUAAUACAAGCUUCCUCCAUCAAUUGGCAGAACCUAAAGAAGAUUUUAAGGGGCAAAAGUAAUUACAGUAAAAUAAUUCACAGUAGCUUCAAUAAUAGAAGGAAUUAGCUAAUAAAGGUAUUCGAAGAAAUAUAGGUAUAGUGGUGAAUACUCGCUGAUAUGAAUCCCAGAAAAAAAAAUUUCCUGAGUUUUUAAUGUUCUUUUCAUUCCCAUCUAAAUAAUUUAUAGAAAUAUAACCCUAAUUGGACAUGUGUUACUGGCUCUAUAAUUUGCUGUGUUUUUUUUUUGUUAUUCUGUAGUUUGUUCCUUUUGGUAAGGUGAAGUGUGUCCAAAGAGUUGUUUGAAACAGUCUUUUAUGAUAUGAAGAUGCCCCAAUAUUACCACUCUGAUGACAGUUCUCAGUUAAUUGAUUUACUCAUGUUGCAUGGCAAAAUGUUUACCAAUAAUAAUUCAAUAUAAAGUUAUGUCCCUCUUCACAUCACUUAUCUUUCUCACUGAGGUUCAUUCACUGGAAUUUACUCACGCAAUCUCAGUAGAGUGUGACAUAGAUAAAGAACCUAGGAGAGUCAACACCCGGAGGAUUUUAGUCUUACACAUGUGUGUGAUUUUAAAUGAAUACUCUAAGAUCACAGGAAACUCUUCAUCCCCUUGUUUACCAGUAAUAUCAGUAUAUCACUGACCUUUCCAAAUGUUUGUAUAUGUAAUCCGAUGUACAUUUAUAUUAAAACAAUGAGAUGGACUUAAAGAGCACAUCCUGAUAAAUACUUUCUCUCUUACCUGUACUAUAUUUCUAUUAGACUAAAGUUAUGUGAUUUUUUUUUACAUUUUUUCAGAUGACUAGCAAUUUUGAUAGUUUGUAAGAUAAUGCAAAGAACUUUCUCUGACAAACUAACUGCAGUAACAGAAACCUUUCUUUUCAGUUACUCUUUUUCAAGAAUGAAAGCUUAUUAUACAAAAGAAAAAAAUUGUAUACUACUUGAUGGAAACAACUUUGUACAUCUUGGCCAUGUCACUGGUCAUUGCGUGAAAUAAAGAUAAUCUGGAUAAUGACUAUUAGUCAAAUGCUAAGAGACAUGAUCUUUGCUCAUUAAAGAGCUAAAAUGUUUAUUGCUGUUUUGUCUUUUUUU